CCCAAGAAAAAGGAGACUCCCACCUCCCCCCCGCCUCUAGAUCCCACCUACCGAGCGGGUGGGUGAGCGAGAGAGAGAGAGAAAGAGAGAAAUACAACACCAGCGCCACCAGGAGCAGCAACGAAGUCGUCGGCGACUCUGAACACGUAAACAUAAAAAAGAAGAAAUGGCCGCGUCGUCGUCCGUCGCCGCUGCGCAGGCCCUGGUGGGCCGCGCCGUCGCCGCCCACGGCGCCCCCCAUGGCUCCACCCCGUCCGACCGCCUCGCCCUCCCCGCCGCCUUCCGCCUCAGCUCACUCGGCGGCCGCGCCCUCACCUCGCCCGCCCGCCGCCUGAACGCCGCCUCGCCGCCUCCGCCGCGUCCGAGGAGGCGUGUUGGGGUGCGGGCGGCCGCGGUGGAGACGGUGGGGCAGAAAGUUGGAGCGACGGAAGAGGUGCUGGAGAAGUCAGUGAACACGAUCCGGUUCCUGGCGAUCGACGCGGUGGAGAAGGCCAACUCGGGGCACCCGGGCCUCCCCAUGGGCUGCGCCCCCAUGGGCCACAUCCUCUACGACGAGGUCAUGCGUUACAACCCCAAGAACCCCUACUGGUUCAACCGCGACCGCUUCGUCCUCUCCGCCGGCCACGGCUGUAUGCUCCAGUACGCCCUCCUCCACCUCGCCGGCUACGACAGCAUCAAGGAUGAAGACUUGAGGGCCUUUCGACAAUGGGGAAGCAGGACUCCCGGCCACCCCGAGAACUUUGAAACACCUGGAGUUGAAGUUACUACCGGCCCUCUUGGUCAGGGUAUUGCAAAUGCUGUUGGCUUGGCGCUUGCUGAGAGACAUCUUGCUGCCCGUUUCAAUAAGCCUGAUAAUGAGAUUGUCGACCAUUACACGUAUGUCAUAGUAGGGGAUGGUUGCCAAAUGGAGGGCAUCUCAAAUGAAGCUUGCUCUCUGGCUGGUCACUUGGGUCUUGGGAAACUGAUUGCCUUCUAUGACGACAAUCACAUCUCCAUUGAUGGAGACACAGAGAUUGCUUUUACUGAAGAUGUGAGUGCCCGAUUUGAAGCUCUUGGGUGGCACACUAUCUGGGUGAAGGAUGGAAACACAGGAUACGAUGAUAUCCGUGCGGCUAUCAAGGAAGCAAAGGCUGUCAAAGAUAAGCCCACAUUGAUCAAGGUGACCACUACCAUUGGCUAUGGGUCUCCGAACAAGGCAAACACAUACAGUGUGCACGGAAGUGCUUUGGGUGCGAAGGAAGUUGAUGCAACGAGGAAGAACCUUGGAUGGCCGUAUGAACCUUUCCAUGUGCCUGAAGAUGUCAAAAGUCACUGGAGUCGCCAUGUCCCAGAAGGCGCAGCUCUCGAGGCUGAGUGGAAUGCCAAAUUUGGCGAGUAUGAAAAGAAGUACCCAGAGGAUGCGGCAGAUUUAAAGACUAUCAUUUCGGGGGAAUUGCCUGCUGGAUGGGCUGAUGCUCUUCCUAAAUACACCCCUGAGAGCUCGGCAGAUGCUACAAGGAACCUCUCGCAGCAGUGCUUAAAUGCCCUGGCCAAAGUCCUCCCCGGCCUUAUUGGUGGCAGUGCUGAUCUUGCUUCCUCCAACAUGACACUGUUGAAGAUGUUUGGUGACUUCCAGAAGGACACGCCUGAAGAACGGAACCUACGGUUUGGAGUGCGCGAGCAUGGGAUGGGCGCCAUUUGCAAUGGCAUUGCCCUCCACAGCCCAGGCCUUAUCCCAUAUUGUGCCACCUUCUUUGUCUUCACGGACUACAUGCGGGCUGCCAUCCGCAUAUCUGCCCUCUGCGAGGCCGGCGUCAUCUAUGUCAUGACCCACGACUCCAUCGGGCUCGGAGAAGAUGGUCCAACGCAUCAGCCCAUUGAGCAUCUCAUUAGUUUCCGGGCCAUGCCCAAUAUCCUAAUGCUCCGACCCGCUGAUGGGAAUGAGACUGCUGGGGCAUACAAGGUUGCAGUCCUCAACAGGAAGAGGCCGUCGAUCUUGGCGCUCUCUCGUCAGAAGCUUCCGCAGCUUGCGGGUUCUUCGAUUGAAGGAGUUGAGAAGGGAGGAUACAUCAUUUCAGACAACUCAACCGGUAACAAGCCCGAUCUUAUACUGAUUGGGACCGGUUCUGAGCUUGAAAUUGCUGCUAAGGCUGCAGAUGAACUGAGGAAGGAGGGGAAGACGGUGCGUGUUGUGUCUUUGGUUUGCUGGGAGCUGUUUAAUGAGCAAUCGGAGGAGUACAAAGAAAGCGUGUUCCCAGCUGCUGUGACUGCUAGGGUUAGCAUUGAAGCGGGGGCAACUCUUGGGUGGGAGAAGUUUGUUGGGAGCAAGGGAAAGGCAAUUGGCAUCGACCGGUUCGGCGCAAGCGCUCCUGCUGGGAGGAUAUACAAGGAAUUCGGUUUAACUGCGGAGAAGGUCAUCGAAGCUGCCAAAAGCCUAUAAGGUGGAGUAGUUUAUAACCAUUCCCCUUUCUGGAUUACAUACAUUGCUGAGCCUUUCACGUGCCCUGCUUGUAGUAACGUUGUACGGGAAGAAGCAGCCAGCAUUUCGCCUGUAACAAAGGCUACCUCUUAAUGGAUUUUUCUCCUUUCUAUUUCCUCUCUAUGAUUUGUGAAGGUAACCCUAUUUUUAUUGAUGACCACUACUGGUGCUUGCACCAGACAUUAUCUUCCGCUACUCUAGAAGAGUUUUUAAUGCUUUCAGACAAAUUUUAGAAAAAAAAUGAAAUAACUGAGAGUGUGGUAUUAAAUCCUUUUUGUACCUGCUAUAUUUUAUUCAGCUUGCUUUUGUGUUGAUUUUUA